AUGGGUAUGUCUUCUUCCGCUGGAAUGUACACCUCCAGUUUGAAGUGUAAAAGUACCCUGGAGUUCAAGACGUUCAGUGGAGUCUUCCCAGGGAAGAUGUCGUCUGUGACAAUGGAAGCCCGUUGUCUGGAAAAGAGAGGAAGUUUCUUUAAGGAAAGAGAGGAAAAACUGGAGUGGAGUCAGGAACAGCAAGAAGGUUAUAAAAGCCAGAGAAGUGCACUCAUUGACACAAUUGCCUCAGAAAUUGGAGAACUGAAACAAGAGAUGGUACAGACAGAUCUCAUGCUGGAAGAUGGAUCCACUGAUUUGCAAAGCCUAGUAAAGGACAUGGAUAAUGUCUGUCCUGAGAAAAAGGACUUAAAAGGCUGUCCCCGGGACUCUGGCUAUGACAGCCUCUCCAAUAAACUCAGCAUACUAGAUAAACUUCUCCACACCCAUCCUGUGUGGCUACAGCUUGGCCUGAAUGAUGCUGAAGCAGUGGAAAUUCUGCAGUCCCAGCCUCCUGGAAUCUUUCUGGUUAGGAAAUCCACAAGAAUGCAGAAGAAAGUCCUAUCGCUCCGUCUACCCAAUGAAUUUGGAUCUCGCCUCAAGGAAUUUGCAAUAAAAGAAAGCACAUAUACCUUUUCUUUGGAGGGCUCUGGAAUAAGUUUUGCUGAUUUAUUCAGGCUCAUCGCUUUCUACUGUAUUAGCAGGGAUGUCCUGCCAUUCACCUUGAAAUUGCCUCAUGCUAUUGCGGCAGCAAAGACAGAAGCUGAACUUGAAGACAUUGCUCAGCUGGGACUGAAUUUUUGGAUCUCUCCGGCUAACAACAACCCCCCAAAUCCUUCACCUCCCCGUAGGCCUCUGCCCUCAGACAAUGCUUGCAAAGACUCACAUCAGCUCUGCCUUAUAAAUGGAGUGCAUUCUAUAAGAACCAGAACGCCUUCGGAGCUGGAGUGCAGCCAGACCAACGGAGCCUUGUGUUUUAUUAAUCCUCUCUUCUUAAAAGUGCACAGCCAGGAUGUUAGUGGAAGUUUGAAAAGGCAGAGCCCAAGAACUCAAGAUGUGAAUGGGACAGAGAAGCCUCGCUCCCCCCCACCCAGACCUCCACCACCUUCUAUUAAUAGCCUUCUCACAAGUCCACAGCUCUCCAGGACUAUAAAGCAGGCGAGCAUGCCAGGAACAGUCAACCAUAACAAACAUAGGAACUUGGAUUUACUGCAGAAGAAACCAACCCCUGUUCCGCCUCCUCGUCUAAAGAAGCAGGCUGUUUGCUUAGAAGGGGAAGGUAAUGCAAAGACCGUGGCAGUAAUUCGAUCUAGUCAUAACUCAGUGCGUGGGUCAGAAACUGCGAGCGUUCCAGGUGAAGCCCUGUGUGAGCAAAAUUUAGCAGCUAGCAGAAAGACCUUGGCUACAAACUCUGAGUCACAAGUACAGUGGAAUGGAGGCAGGCAGAGACUGAGCGACAUGAGCAUUUCCACCUCCUCAUCCGACUCGCUCGAUUUUGAUCGUAGUAUGCCAUUGUUUGGCUACGAAGGGGACACUAACAGCAGCCUGGAGGACUUUGAAGGGGAAAGUGACCAGGAAAGCAUGGCACCCCCUUUGAAGCCCAAAAAGAAACGGAACAGUUCAUUUGUUCUCCCCAAGAUUGUGAAAUCCCAGCUGAGGAAAGUAAGUGGGGUGUUCAGUUCUUUCAUGACCCCCGAAAAGAGGAUGAUCAAGAAAAUUGCAGAGCUGUCCCAGGACAAGCGCACUUAUUUUGGGUGCCUGGUGCAGGACUAUGUCAGCUUUCUCCAGGAAAACAAGGAAUGCCACGUUUCGAGUACUGACAUGUUACAGACAAUUCGGCAGUUCAUGACACAAGUUAAGAACUAUUUGUCACAAAGCUCUGAACUGGACCCCCCCAUUGAGUCACUGAUUCCAGAAGACCAAAUAGAUGUUGUGCUGGAGAAGGCCAUGCACAAGUGUAUCCUGAAGCCCUUGAAAGGCCACAUUGAAGCAAUGCUGAAAGAAUUCCAUACUGCGGAUGGCUCUUGGAAACAGUUAAAAGAAAAUCUGCAGCUGGUGCGGCAGAGGAACCCUCAGGAACUGGGUGUAUAUGUCCCAACACCGGACUUUGUGGACGUUGAAAAGAUUAAAGUCAAGUUCAUGACCAUGCAGAAAAUGUAUUCGCCUGAAAAGAAAGUCAUGCUGCUGCUGAGAGUGUGCAAACUGAUUUACACUGUCAUGGAGAAUAACUCAGGGAGGAUGUAUGGAGCGGAUGACUUCUUGCCAGUGCUGACCUAUGUAGUGGCCCAAUGUGACAUGCUGGAGCUUGAUACUGAAAUUGAAUACAUGAUGGAACUGUUGGAUCCGUCUUUACUACAUGGAGAAGGAGGCUAUUACUUGACAAGCGCGUAUGGAGCACUUUCUUUGAUCAAGAAUUUCCAGGAAGAACAAGCAGCCCGAUUGCUGAGUUCAGAAGCCAGAGAUACCCUUCGGCAGUGGCAUAAGAGGAGGACAGCUAACAGAACAAUUCCUUCAGUUGAUGAUUUUCAGAACUACCUUCGAGUUGCAUUUCAGGAGGUUAACAGUGGCUGUACAGGAAAGACCUUAUUAGUAAGACCUUAUAUCACCACAGAAGAUGUGUGUCAGCUCUGUGCUGAAAAAUUUAAAGUGGACAACCCAGAAGAUUAUAGCCUGUUUCUUUUUAUUGAUGAUACUUGGCAGCAGCUAACAGAAGAUACUUACCCUCAGAAGAUUAAGGCAGAGUUGCACAGCCGUCCACAACCCCAGGUUUUUCACUUUGUCUACAAGCGCAUUAACAGUGAUCCUUAUGGUGCCAUUUUCCAGAACAAUGAUGACAACUCCACUUUAUAG